AUGCUAAAACGCAAUGCUAGAAGUCCUGGAUUCAGGCAGUCAUGGCCUGAGCCUGUAGAUCUCCUCCUCCAUGGGACGCCACGGGACAGGUCAGGUGACAGCAAUAGUGGGAGAAGCUGUAGCACUCCUUCAACAAGAUCGCUCUCCCCUUCGACAAGGCCGGAAUUCAACGAGAGCAGGGAGGAGAAAUCUCUAUCGAGAUCUCCUUCACCGCCGACCAGCUCAAGAUUCAAUGAUAGUAAUCCGGAUAUACUGUCAUCACCGAGGGGUCCAGAAAACAACGACAGCAAAGCGGACGCAAUCUCACCACAAUUUCCCUUACCGCCAGGAAGCACGGAAUCCAAUGACAGCGGAGAGGAGAGAACUCCCCAAAGAUCUUUCUCACCCUCAAUGAGCGCGAAACCCAGUGAUAGCAUGGAGAAGAUAUCCUAUCCAAGCUAUGCCUCUCCCUCGCUAAGCUUAAAUCUUAAUGAUGACACAGAAGGGAAGUCUUCUCCGAGAACUCUCUCACCCUCAGCCAGCCCGAUAUCCAACAACAGCGCAGAGGGCAACUUCUCGGCGAGACCUCUCCAACUGUCCAUUGGUGACAUCCCCAAUCACAGUGAAGAGGAGAGACCAUUAUCAAAACCGGUAUUGCUUUUAGCCAGCCCGAAGCCCUGUGAUGGCACUGAAGAGAUAGGUUGCGCCAUAUCCUCAUCAGCUUCUUUGUCGCCGCCGAGCAGCCCAAGGCACAUUUCCAGCAAUAACGGCUCACCUCGCAACGAACCCUUAGAAGAAUCUUCGUCACGAUCCCACAGCCCCCGGCCCAGUGAAAGCAACGAUGAGACCCUUUGUAGCAGUUCCCUGGUGAAAGUCGUGUCGCCAUCAAUCAGCUCAAAGCAUAGUAUUAGCAGUGAUGGAUCAAUCUGCGGCGUUCCAUCACCAGGAAUUGCAUUCCCGUUGAUCAGCCCUUGGCCUAGUGACAGUAUUGAUGAGACUGUCUGCAAGUUCCCCUCGUCAAGAUCUGCCUCACCAUUGGUGUCACUGGAGCUUCGUCCUGAGGAGCAGAAAAAAGACUACCCAGGAAAUAAACUUCGAACUUCUACCUCGAUCCGCCUGCUUAGAAUUGAUGAGGUUUACGAUCAGACAAUGAUAAUAUCGUGCACUUUACAGUCAGUUGAUCUGGCGGACAGUCCUCGUUAUCGAACGCUUUCCUAUACCUGGGGACCUGCCACUAGAUCAGCUCGUCUUAAAGAUCAAGCUUUAUCUGAGAAGUACCAAGACCAGCAGAUCAUAUGCAACGACCAACCAUUCUUUAUCACGCGAAACUUGCGAGAUGCUCUGUGGCAAAUUCGGCAGUCAGGAUAUUCUGACUGGCUCUGGGUUGAUGCUAUUUGCAUAAACCAGCUUGAGGCCGAGGAGCGUGCACACCAGGUCUCCAUGAUGGGCCAGAUCUAUACUUGUGCUGUCGAAACUGUGGCUUGGUUGGGCAAGGAUGAAUCUGGAAUUGAAGACAUGAAAUGGGGGAUCGAGGUUAUGAUUCCCAAAAUGCUCCAACGUGGCCCUGCUUUCUGGGGCACCUGGCCGCUUACAGAUCUAGAGCUGAAGAACAUCUUCAGUGUAGGAGAUCUGAGCCAAAGAAUCACCGGCAUCCAAACGUUUCUGGCAACACGUCUAUGGUUCGAUAGGGCAUGGGUUGCCCAAGAAGUCGCCCUCGCACCCGCAGUUUGUAUUCUCGUGGGGAAUCGACAUUUCUCCUGGACGGAUCUGACCAAUCUGUCAAUUGUCCUCGCCAGGGUCUCAUGUGACAGCGAACUAAUUUCCGCAGAGCCAGAGCUGACCAAAGGCUACUCUUCCGCCAGAGCAUUCUUGGAGAACAUAAAUGCGCUGCGGGAUCUUAUCCCUCGUCACUCAGCUGGCUGCACGCCGUCGCCCACAGCCGAAAUGCAUGAAAUGUAUAGACUGUUGAACUCUAGGUAUGGCGCAAAUACGGAGCUGGAAGAGGCUGCUGCCUGGUUGGCGUAUCUUUUGUCUCUCAUUCGACACAUGCAGAGCACUGAACAACAUGAUAAGAUUUACUCCGUCAUAGGUUUAGCCAAACUAUUUUCUUCCAGCAUUGACGAGCUUAUCAUACCUGACUAUGGUCAACGGGUUGAAGAUGUAUACACCUCUUUGACGACAUCACUCCUACUCAACAGUCGGUAUCUCAGCCUCCUUGGCCAUGUCGGAGACAUCUCAGACAAGCAGUUCACAAAUCUUCCGUCGUGGGUGGUUGACUAUAGCACCAAUCGUCCUACGAAUCCAAUCCUAGACCUUGGCAAGAACAGAGCCACCCAUUUCGAUGCUUCUCUUACUUCAGAAUCGCCUCCAUUCCCAAGGAAGGUGGAAGGGACAAGGCUGACCCUCCUUGGCGCAAAGUUUGACGAGCUGAGUAUCAUCUCGCCAGCCACACCAACUCAAGUCAUUAAUGAUGUAUGUCAUUUCGAAGAGUUCAUGCAAUUUGUAGCCCAGCUACCGGACAGAUAUUUCGACGACCAAACCCGUACAGAGGUAUUAUGGCGAGCAAUGAUGAUGGACAGCGAAGAAACAUCGGAAAGCAUCUACCACCCCCCACCUUUAUCAUUUGCUAGGGGAUUCCAGGCUUGGAUCAUCCAUAUGAUCGGACGCUGGGUUGCUGACGCCGUGGGACAGGGUAUGGAAGUCAGUUUUGCAAAUGAGUCUGCAAGACAAUUCUUCGCCCAGCUCUAUCCUGAUUCUCAGGUAGAGGUGCCAGAAGAGAUACAGGGGGAUGCUGAGGCAUUUGCGUUAUACCACAAAAAACGAAUGCUCCCUUAUCUUCGUUCUAUAGAAGGUAAGGUAUUUGGCAGGAAGCUUUUCAAGACCAAGAACGAUCUGGUCGGCAUGGGAUUACGCUCUGUUCAAGCUGGUGAUCAAGUCUGGCUCAUCGGCGAUUCAAGGACGCCACUAAUCCUCAGGCGAAAGCCUGGUACCGAGGAUUUCUUACUUGUAGGAGAGGCAUAUCUCCACCGCUUCAUGCAUGGAGAGAUGCUCGAUAGUCGCUGGGAUCUUGCAAAGCACAUUGGACCUGUCACUCUUGUCUGA